AUUACGUCACACUCGAGUUGACGGAGCACAAGUCGGAAAAACCAACAUGGAGGCGUCCAAGGAAACCUUUGUUGUGCUUCCAGUUUCGCAAUACAAACAACUACAGAACAAAUACGAAGUCCACGUAAAAAACAUCACGGAAGAAGAAAGGAGGCGCAGAAGGAUACUGAUAUCCUCUGUGUUGCGAUCAACACAGCGACUCAUCCUGAAGAAUGAGGCUGAUGGGGAACUCGGAGAAACCGCAGAAACAACAACAUCCCCGACUUCAGAAAGCAAAAUGGCUGCUCAGCGCCUCAACAUAUAUUUGGACAACAACGUGAACAUGUUCAUGGAUCCCGAGAGGAGCACUGCAUUCACCGGUCCCUUGUACCAGACGGCAGCAGAUCCCACCACAUACUACAUGAAUGAGGACAUGACAAUCAUGAUAAACAUGGUUGAAGCUGAAGACUUGCAUUCCGUAAAAGAAAGCCAACAGGAGAACAGUGAUGCUGCAUCCAACACAUUACCAUCACUCAUUCCACUGCCAGCGAAUGAUGGCUUCAACAAAGAGCAAACUUUGUUUUUGAUCAACCUUAUGCGGCAGCACAUCGAGAGAGAAGGCGAGGGUCUCCCGAAAACGCUGGAGGAGCUGAACGCACGGCUUAAAUCUGCAAUGCGCAGUAAAAAGCAUCUGUGGAGAGAUGCUGCGGAUAAGUUGUCCAGCCAUUUCUUGCAGUCUUUCUGCCCUGACAAGGUGGCCAGGAAGUGGAAUACACUUAUAGAGGCCUACAAAAAAAUAAAAGAUAGCAAUAAACCUAGAGAGAAGGGGAGUAUCCGCUUCAAGUUUUAUACGGAAAUGGACGCUCUUCUGGAAAGGCAGCAAGAAGUGGUUUUUCCUGUCGUCGGGACAUCAGUUGGUCUGAAGGUGCGCAGACCUGAAGCUUUAGGACAGUGUAGCAGUGACACCGCAUUGACUUCGCCGACUUCCCCAGCAACACCACCUCUGAAGCGUCAAAGGGUGGACUGUGAACUGAUGCAGUUUUUGCAGGACUCGGAGGAAGCAUGUCAGCGGCGUCAUGAGGAGACUCUAGCACAACUACGGUCUGCUCAGCAGGGUUUCGAGACUCUCAUGACAAAAUUGCUGGACAAAUUGUAAUCGUUUUGUCAUUUAAAGUUGUGUAUGUAACUUAUUUGGAGAGCUUAAGAGAAACUGUA